GUAUUUUCCAUUUCAGGAAACAUCCCAGUUAUCUGGACUCCCUGAGUAUGUUAAAAUAGUAGAAGUUGGACCUAGGGAUGGAUUGCAGAAUGAAAAGGUUAUAGUUCCUACAGACAUAAAAAUUGAAUUUAUCAAUCAACUUUCCCAAACUGGCUUGUCUGUAAUAGAAGUGACCAGCUUUGUGUCCUCCAGAUGGGUACCACAGAUGGCUGAUCACACUGAAGUGAUGAAAGGCAUUCAUCAAUACCCAGGAGUUCGAUAUCCUGUCCUUACUCCUAAUCUUCAGGGUUUUCACCGUGCUGUUGCUGCCGGAGCCACCGAGAUAUCAGUUUUUGGUGCCGCAUCUGAAUCCUUUAGCAAGAAGAAUAUUAACUGUUCUAUUGAAGAAAGCAUGGAAAAGUUUGAGGAGGUUGUUAAGUCGGCAAGGCACAUGAAUAUUCCAGCACGAGGGUAUGUGUCUUGCACCCUGGGCUGUCCGUAUGAAGGAAACAUCACACCACAAAAAGUGACAGAAGUAUCUAAAAGAUUGUAUGGCAUGGGCUGUUAUGAGAUCUCUCUAGGAGACACUAUUGGAGUGGGAACUCCAGGAAGCAUGAAAAGAAUGUUGGAGAGUGUCAUGAAAGAAGUCCCACCCAGUGCACUUGCUGUUCACUGCCAUGACACGUAUGGACAAGCCUUAGCAAAUAUCCUUACGGCCCUUCAGAUGGGAAUUAAUGUGGUGGACUCCGCAGUAUCAGGAUUAGGUGGUUGUCCGUAUGCAAAAGGUGCCUCUGGGAAUGUAGCCACUGAGGAUUUGAUAUAUAUGCUUAAUGGCUUGGGGCUCAACACAGGUGUCAAUAUUUACAAAGUGAUGGAAGCUGGUGACUUUAUUUGCAAAGCUGUGAAUAAAACCACAAACUCUAAAGUAGCACAAGCCUCCUUCAAUUCUUGACUUGAAUAAAUUUGUGACUUAAGGCUGAGAAGAUCCAUUUCAUCUACAGAUACUCAUCUGAAAAUCAUUACUAUCAAGUUGUUCUGAAAUGUGAAGUAAUAGACAAGAGUGAGGGAAAAAAAGAUGUAAUUUUAAAGUAUAUUACUGGACAAAUUAUGAAAUCAGUGGAAAGCAAUAUGCAGUCAUCGGUAAAUUGGAAGCUGAAGUAAAACACUACAAUUUGUAGAUAUGCUUUUGAACUUGGAGAAAAGUCUACUCUUUUGCUCCAAUAGAAAUAACUUUUUAAUUUAGUAGAUGUGAAAAUUAACUUCAGGUUUCCCUAAGUAUCAAAUACUGUGUUAAUACUUAAUCAAGCUGGCUUAGCACAGUAUACAUAUUGUCAGUGGUUUAUGAGCUUCUGCAUAGUCUGCAAAGUGUGUGGCCUCAGUCCUAUGCGUUAUGCCUCUGGAUCUCAACUUUCCAUUUGCCAAGUCAGUUAAAUUAUGAACCAAGCGCCAAAUCUCCAUCUGACCGUACAUAAUUUUUAGCAAUAGAACUUUUAUAUUUCAAGUAUGGCUAACAUCUGUUAACUAUUUCAACGACUUUAUCUUGUUCCAAGAGGCUGUGGUCAAUGGCAAGAUGCCAUAUGCUGGAAACAUUACGACCUCCCAUGUUUGUGAUAUGCAUCCAGUUUACCAUACGUUCUCUUUCAUCAAGUUUAGUAAAAACAAGCAUGGUGUUACUCAACUAUUGAAAAAUAUAAGGUUCGACUGUCAUCUCAGUGUCUCAGCUACAGUGAUAAGAACAGAUUGAUACAUAGAGUAUAAUCCACUUUGGUAAUUUUCAAAUCACAUUCAAAUUGCCUGAGGAAAUGUCACUAAGAUCCUAAGAAUAGUAAGGCAGUUUUUAAUUCAUGAAACAAAAUAAAACAAAACUGUUUUCAUUGAUUCCAGGUACUUUGAUUAAAUGUGAUCACUUUUGGUUGACUUUAUGGUUAUUUUUAAUGUUGAAAUGGCUGAAAUUUUAUCUUUUGCAAUAGAAAACAUUGCCAGGAAUAGCAAAAGUUAAUAUGUCAAAGUGGAGAGGAGGAGCAGAAAGACUAUGUUACUGUAACCUAUGCAAAUCAUAUGGGGACAGAAUUAUUAAAUGCGGGUCUGAAUCAUCAGUUCUAUUUAUGUAGUCUUCUCCAAUAAUACUUGGUGAUCUUAUCUUUGAAUAAAUUUUAAUAUAACUUUAAAUAUGAAAGUGAGCACUGUGGACUUUCUAUAAAUAUUAAUCACAACUACUGAAAAAAAAAUUUUAAAAAAUACGAGAA